AUGAAGUUGUUUAUAUCAAUUUCAGGGUCCAAGUUCAGAGAUCCCAGCAUAUGUGAUGUUGCCUAUAAGGACCCCAUCAAGGUCAGAUCAGUCCACUUCAUUGGAGCCAAGGACUGGUUGAGAUUGCCUUCUGAGGACCUCGCCACUGCCUUUGACAACCCUCUUAUCAUAAGGCACCCUCAAGGCCACACCAUCCCCAGAUUAGAUGAGGCAGCAACUGAGCAAUUAAGAAGCUGUAGCACGGAAAUCCUCCUCCAUCAAAGCAAUAACCCUUCAGUUAACAAACAUAAUUUGGAGAAUGGAGAAGUGAAAGCAGAUGAGGCACAGAUGGAGAAUGGAGAAGUGAAAGCAGAGGAGCACAAGGGUAAGGUAGAAAAAGCAUGUAAGACCCAAAAACCAGAGGGUGUAAUUGAGAAAAAGAUGGAGAAUGGAGCUGGGGGGUUAGAGGCAACACAAGCCUGAAGCAAUCAGGUGGGGAUAUAGAUAAAGGUAGUCCUCCACUCAGGACCAUGCUUUCAAAGAAAUUUUGGAGUGUGAGGGAAAUAAUGUUUGCCUAUUCUUAUCAUAGUUUUCCUAUGUAGAACACCUUGGGUGCUGAAGGAAAAUUAGUGCUCCCCCUGGAUUAACUUUGGUUUUUCUUCUUUUGAUUUGUAAUAUGUUUCACCUCUAUUUAUGGGACUCAUCAUCGUUUUGCCCCUA